GGGAUCCGUUACCACUUGUUGUUGAUAGAGUCGGCUGAUGUUGUCCGGGCAGGAGAAACAUCAGCUUGUCUAUCAUCUCAUCGCAGAUCUGAUUUAUUGCCAGCCGCUUGGUAGAGCAGUAUAACGCUCGACCGUUCCGCUUCCGUUUGAGGAGAAAUGUGAUCGAUCACCGGAAUUGUAAGUACUUUUACUCUAUUUCGAUGUGCGCUGCAUAAGUCUACCACUCUACGAAAAUUAUGGCGUCAGCGGACGACUGUCCUCCUCCCUUUGCCAGCAAAGAAGGAACGGCUGCACGACGGGCCCACAUGUUUCGCGGGCUAGCAGCGCUGCUUGCCACCGGAUUCGUGGUGAAGAUCCUGACCUUCGCGUUGAAUCUGUUACUAGCUCGGUACGUGUCGGCAGAAGAAUAUGGGCGGGGCUUCUAUUUCACACUCUACAACUCCUUGGCGCUGUUUCUUCAGAAGGAGGGCUUCCGGCGGGCGGCGAUGCGCUUGAAAGAUUUCUCGGAACAGUGCCGCCUGCUAGUCUACGGCGUCGUUGGAACCGCUGCCGUGAAUGUGCUCUGCUUUUGGUUCCUAAUGCCAGACGAGUCGCUCGCAAUCGCACAGCAAUCUGCGGAAGAAGGGACCAGCAUUUACGCACGGUUUCUCCCAGGCAUAUCUCGUGUCUCACCGCUGCUGCUUAGCUGGUGCCUGGUCGGCAUUGCGACGCAACUGGAAGCUUUUCUCCUCGAGCCCUUCGCACUGUACGAACAGACUCGUGGGAGACUGGACACGAGACCACUGGCGGAGGGAAUCGGGCGCAUCUUCAAAACGGUUGCUCUUGCAGUGUUGGUAUUGGUGUGCGGAACGCAGUACACUCUCGCAUGCGCCCUCGCAGAGUUUGUGUACGUGUUAGUCACGUUCUCCGUCUACUUACAGCGGGUACAGAUCCCGGAGACACUAACAGUUGCUGACGUUCUGAAUCCUGCAGUGGAUCGCGAAUACGUUAUGGUCAGUAAAGAUGAGGAUGUGAAAUCCAGCGAGUGCAGCGCAUCAAGUUCCGUGACAGGGAGCGGUGACGGGCCCGAGCAAAGUCGGCCUCGUCUGCGCAAGGGAGUUAUCACCCCACUUCAGUUGGGAAAGCUGAUGUACAGGCGCGGUCUCCCGUCGUUUCUGCAACCUUCAGACUUCACCGAGUUCGAACUGAGCGCGGAGUCCUCGGAGCUGGCACGAAGUAUGCUAGUCCUCUCUGUACAGAAACUUGCGCUGGCGGAAGGCGAGAAAAUGCUUCUGGUGUAUCUGUUUCCUGACCCUGCCGUGUGGGGAACCUUCGCGCUGGUGACAAAUCUGGGUUCGCUAGUUCUGCGUCUGCUGUUUGCACCGAUCGAGGAUUUGGCGUUCACCUUUUUUAGUACCAGUGCAGAUGCAAAUCCAAAUGCGGGAAGCGGAGGUGCUCCAGGUGAAGUACCACUUGGUGCUGACGGGUCUUCGGCCGGAACGCUGACGAAAGCUUCGGCCUCCGGCAGCAAUGGAAGCACUACUGCGAAAGCCGAAAGACGGCGCGCGGGAGCAGCGUCCGACAGAGAUAUCGCCGCGGAAGAGAAACUACCACCUGAAAGCACCACUACUGAGAGCGAAACAGAGGGCGCGACGAUCUUUGCUACUUUGCUUGCACUGCAGGGCGGUAUCGGGUAUUUGGCGCUUCUGUACGGCCCACCAAACGCGUACCUGGCUGUGCGCCUUCUUUACGGACCGCAGUGGGCGGAUGUUGCAGCAAACGAAGCCGUGCUGUCUCUCCGCUUGUACUGCGGAUUUCUCUUUACCGCAAGCCUGAAUGGUAUUCUGGAGGCGUACACACACGCGCGUGCGCCGACGACUUGGCUGAACCGGAAUGUUGCUUACCAGUUCGCAAUCAGCUUUUUGCUCGGGGUUAGCAGCCUGUUUCUCCACAAAUUUUUCCAUUGGCGUGCAGCAGCGAUUCUGGGGGCGAAUACAUUGUGCAUGGGAGCACGGGUACUGCGCUGCGUUGUUUUCCUGCUGGAGAAGGACGAACUGCCGCGUACGCUAAAAGUGCCUAUCUCUGUGCGGGAACUUGUGGAGGUGCUUACCAUCUGGAGCUGUGCAGCGGGAUCGGCGUGCUUACUAGUGUUAACGUUUGGAGCGGUAGCUGCACCAGUGAGUCUGUUGCCGGCUGCAAACAGCAAUGAUCUUCUUCUGCUAGUAGCAAAGCACGGAAGCGUCGUUGGCAUAGCACUCGGGAUGAGCGCACUAGUCUCUCGAAGGUACCUGGUUCGCUUCAGUGCGCACUGUCGAGAACUAGUGUCCGCGGCAAAGACCAAGCACGACUGAUGGAAACAGUGCCCACUUCUGCACAUGUGCUCGCUUCGUACGGCAGAAGUUGCAAAGAUCAGAAUAGUAGUUGAAGGAGUACAGCGCGUGCCGUGCAACGGCGAUAUAAGUCGGAACCGUAGUAGAGUCGGAAAACCUAAGCAGGAUCAGACCGUACUAGCAUUUGCGAAUGUCCAAGACAUUCGAAAAUGCUAUCAAGACAGUCUUGUCACACAUCUGGCGCGCAAAGGUACACCUGCGCGAAGAUCUUGUCUCAGAUCAGCAACGUGUUGCAGCGAUACGGUCGUUGCAAGAAGAGCUAAGUACUCCCAGAUCAACACGAUGACUCAGCGAUAUUCUGUGACCACUAUAGUCACGUUCCAAGCAAGUACUACUUCGCACAGCAAGCU